AUGGCCGCGUUGGCCUCCACUGCCAUGGCGCUCGCGCUUCCAAAGGCACAACCCUUGGAUCUGGUUUCUCGCUCUGAGGAUACCGUUGUUCCUGACAAGCAGCUUUAUGAUAAGCGCAGUGAGGAGACCGUGGUUCCUGAUAAACAGCACUACGAUAGACGCAACAAGGACACUUUUGUCCCAGACAAGCAGCAUUAUGACAAGCGUCAUGAAGAUACUGUUGUGCCCGAUAAGCAACACUAUGACUAG